GCAGACCUUCCUUUCCGGACUCCGGACCUGCAUCUACCACCACCGGCCCGGGCCCUCGGUUGGCCCUGUCGAUCGGCGCCGCCGCGUGCUAUCAACGUGAUCAUUUUUUACGCUUAUCGGCUAUCGCAUUUCCGAGCCGUACUGUGCCUAGAUGGACCCCGAGGACAGCCUGCGUCUGCAACGACACAAGCAGCGUCGUGUCGCCGACAAAGAGCGCAAGCGGGCAGUUCGAGCCUGCGACGGAUGCCGGAGACUCAAAGAAAAAUGCGACGGAGGAGUCCCCUGCCGCCGGUGCACCCGCUUGCGCCGGCAGUGUGAGUUCCUCACGCCCACCACCAGAGAUGAGCCCGGGUCCGAGGCCUCGGCAAGACCGCACCCCCCGCAACAUGAUUCUCACCUGAGACAGAGGAUGCAUUACAUGGAGCGGUUGCUGGCGCACUACACCGGCAAGAGCACACUGGAUGCCGAGACACUAAAGACCCUGGCCGAGUCUGUCGAGAAGGGACGUGCCGGCCCGGAGGCAUGCAGGGCCGGGGCUGGAGCGCAUGUUUCCAUGGAGCCGGAAGUCGGCGUCGAGGCAGAAGUGCAAUCGCAAAGCUCCGACUCCUUCAAGGUAGACGAGAUCACGGUGCAGCCUUUGGAGAACAAUAUCACACAUUAUUCGGGCGAGUUCUCGCACUGGAACUUCUCCAUGAGAAUAAAGCAGUGGAUCGAGCAGUGUGUAAACGACGCCCCGGAUGGUCCCAAAACACAGUUCAAGGAGUACUACCGCCCGGAAGAACUGCAGUCGUCCUCAAACGCGGUGGCUUCACUGUCGUCCCUGCCGCCGCGUUACGUCGCCGACUUCCUGGUCCACGCUUUCUUCAACCAUGCCGAGACCAGCUACUUUUACGUCGAACGUCAUUGGCUGAAGGAGAAGCUGGACUUGGUUUACGAGAACUCGGCGUCCCUCACACGGCGAGACGUCGGUACUGUGUGCAUGAUCCUCAUAAUCUUCGCCAUUGGGACGCAAUAUGCCUAUCUAGAUUCUCGUGACGAGAGAGGCGGUCCUCCCAGUGCUGCUGCCGACUCGAGCCCCUUUUCAGAGGAUACGAUUGGUAUCAUGUUCUACCAGCAGGCAUGCCGACUAGUCCCGGACGUCAUCACAAUAUCAUCGUUGGAAAGCGUCCAGGCAUGUCUUUUGAUCGGCUUAUAUACGCUCCCGCUCGAUGCUUCGGGCCUGUCGUACGUCUACUUGAACCUCGCAGUCAAGCUGGCGAUUCAGAACGGGAUGCACCGGAAGUAUCCCGGGAACGCCAUUGAUCCCGUCAUCCGUGAGACGAGGAAUCGGGUGUGGUGGACGGCCUAUACCACUGAGAAGCGCAUUGGCAUAUUCCACGGCCGACCAGUAUCCAUCGCUGCCAGCGAUGUCGAUGCAGAGUUACCACGAGACCGCACAGAUAUCUGGCCGGGGCCUGCACCGCCGAACACAGCACACAUGUUGGCAACACUCCAGCUCAACAACGCCUUGAGUCGGAUAGCCCACCAAAUUUCGUUAUUCAAGACGUACGAAAAGCACGAGAUACCCGAAGGCAUGGCCAAGCUCGUCGAGAUGAAAGCCCAACUCCACAAUUGGUGGAACAGCCUCCCGGAGCCGACAUUUUGCAAAGACCCUACCUCGAGCCCCGAAGUCUUCCGGCCCACCAUGCACCUGAGACUGGAAUACUGCCUUGUCCGAAUGUUCGCUGGCCGUCCCUUCAUCUUCCCCCGGGACUCGGCCCGCAGCACCGCAAGCUCGUCCGGGUCGCCUGCAGACUCAGUCCCGCCGCCGCGAACGAGCAGCUCGACAGGCAAAAUACACCCUCGCUCGGUCCUGGUCGCAGAUUGCGUCGAUGCGGCGCUGUGCGUGGUAGAGACGUGCCGUCUGCUUCGCAACAGCGUCGGCCUUGCCAGGGCGUCGUACACUGAGUUCAGCUCCUGUCGCGCCGCGUUGCUUGUGAUCAUCACGCAGUGCCUCCAGAAGAAAACGGACCACCUGCGCGAUGCGCUGAGAGAGGGCAUGGCGAUGCUCAAAGAGAUGUCGGCGGGUGGCGAGUCAGCCAAGUCCGAGAUGUCGCUGAUCGAGGCAUUCGAGCGUGCCAUCUCGAGACUGGACACGGCGGACGACUCCAGCUCCGCAAAGGAGUCGGAUUACGCAAGGUUUAAGAAAUGGGAAAUGCUGUGGAAAACGGACACGCCGGCCCAGGAUGCGAGGGGCGACAGGGGCCUCGAUGCGGCGCUGCCCAUCCCGCCGCAUCCUGCCAUGUUUGGGCGCGGGAGCCAAGGUCAGGGCGGACACGUCGCCCCUGGGGCGGGGCGACAGGGCACGGCGUCACUGCCGCCCGCGAUGCCGUUCUUCGGACUUGAUGGGGGCCUCUCGCCAAUGCCACCAGCUCUCGACGAGUUCUCGGCCAUGUUCGGGAAUGGGUACGUGCCGGGUUUUGACGGCCUAGACGAGAACGUAAAUGGGAACUGGAUGGGUCUUUGAACAGAGAAAGAAACUGGGAGAGACGGAAGUGAACGCAGCGGCCUUUAUCAACGCUUCUUGAUCGGAGGGCCAGUAUUUCGGCACCCGUAUUUGUCAGCCUGUAAUCUCAAACUGCGAAGCAUUGCAUGUACAUCUCAGCAACGUAGACAGGCCAGGUCUGCCCAUGCUGGGUGGCGCCAAUCGUCAAUAAGCACUGCUGGAGCCUACUGAUAUGGUACGCAGACAUCGUGCUCCAGUCCGAGAUGCCGAUAUGCAUGCCAAGUCAAUGUUCUGUUUCCAUAGAUGUAUUUUUUGGCGUGACGAGUCUGUGGCGUAGAGGGCCAUGGGCAAGACAG